AUGGCCCCCAUCUCCAUCAAGAACGUUUUGAUCAGCGAAAGCGUUGACCCUCGCUGCAGGAGCAUCCUGGAAGAAAAUGGCAUCCGAGUAACGGAGAGGCACAACAUGAACAAGGAGGAAUUGAUCGCCGAGCUCAAGGACUACGAUGGCCUUGUGGUGAGAUCUGCUACCAAGGUGACAGCUGACAUCAUAAACGCCGCCGGCAACCUCAAAAUCAUCGGGAGAGCCGGAACCGGCGUGGACAACGUGGAUGUGGAUGCUGCCACCAAGAUGGGCGUCAUUGUCAUGAACACGCCGAGUGGCAACACAAUCAGCGCGGCUGAGCUGACCUGCGCCCUCAUCAUGAGCCUCUCCAGAAACGUGCCCCAAGCUACAAUGUCCAUGCGAGCUGGCAACUGGGAUCGCAAAAAGUUCAUGGGAUCCGAGCUGUAUGGCAAAGUGCUUGGAAUAGUUGGACUUGGGAGAAUAGGAAAGGAGGUGGCCAACAGAAUGCAGGCAUUUGGCAUGAAGACUAUCGGCUAUGAUCCGAUCACUCCAGUUGAGGUUUCAGCCAGUUGGGGGGUGGAGCAGAUGUCUCUGGAACAGCUUUGGCCUCUCUGUGACUACAUCACAGUCCAUACUCCAUUAAUGCCCUCCACUGUUGGCCUACUCAAUGAUGAAACCUUUGCCAAAUGCAAAAGAGGAGUCAAAGUUGUGAACUGCGCACGUGGCGGCAUCAUCGACGAAGCCGCUCUCCUCCGAGCUUUGGAGUCCGGACAGUGCGGAGGAGCCGGCCUCGAUGUCUUUGUGGAGGAGCCACCGCGGGAACGCUCGCUGGUCAACCAUCCCAACGUGAUCAGCUGCCCGCAUCUCGGCGCCAGCACCAAAGAGGCGCAGGCGCGAUGUGGCCAGGACAUCGCAUUGCAGAUUGUCGACAUGGUGAAGGGCAAAAAGCUGGUUGGAGCGGUAAAUGCACAAGUUUUGGCAAGCACUUUCUCCCCCGACUCUUCUCCGUUGAUCAAACUCGGAGAAGCCAUCGGGGCUGUGCUGCAGUCUUGUAGCGUGUCGAAGACUCCACUUAGCCACGUGCAAAUCACUUCUCAAGGAGACAGCAUGAAGUCGUCUGCCAAUUACAUGACAGCCGCCGUGCUGGUGGGUCUGCUUAACGGCAAAUCUGGCCUUUGCCCGAAUUUCGUCAACGUACUGAGUCUGGCUGAGGAAUCUGGAAUCACGGUAAACCAAAGCCACAGCUCGUCAGACGAAGGCUCCGCCGAAGCGUGCGUGGUGGAGAUCUUGACAGACGGGUGCAGCUACAAGGCCACCGGCACGGUUCAAGGCGGCCGCCCGGUCCUGCUGGAGCUAAGCGGCAGCGUGUUCCGACAGCCGGUGGCACUCGUUGGGAAUUUGCUCUUCUUCAAGGCCUCUGCCAGUCCUCUGCUGCUUUCCUCAUUGGCUGGCCUGCUCGCCACAGAGCGAAUCCAAAUAGAGUCCUUCAGCGCUCCAGCCGAGCGCUCCGGAGACGCGAGCUGUUGGUACUGCGUCGGGGUGUCUUCUCUGCUGCGAAACCUCAGUGCCUUGAAGCCCUUGGUUCAGGAGGCGGCUCAGCUCCGUGCUUGA